AUGAAGAGGGACAAUUCGAAUCAAGAAAAUUUUGCCACGAGUGGGAGUUCUAGUUCAUCCGACAAGGGAAAGAUGUGGUGUGAAGAACAAGAUGCAGGUGGUGUUGAUGAACUGUUUGCAGUUUUGGGUUACAAGGUUAAAUCGUCUGAUAUGGCUGAAGUUGCGCAGAAGCUUGAACAGCUUGAAGAAGUGAUGGGUAGUGUUCAACAAGAUGGGCUUUCUCAGAUAGCAUCUGAUACUGUUCAUUACAAUCCUUCAGAUCUAUCAUCAUGGCUUGAAUCCAUGAUUUCUGAGCUUAAUCCUAAUUUUGACUACUUCAGCUCUAUUGUUCAAGAUCCGUUCCUUGAAUCAUCUACUGUUACUAGUAUUGAUUCUCACAGCCAUAACAGCUGGAAUCGCCAUGCCCGUGCUCCAAUCUGUGUUUCGACCCAGCAACAAAUGGUUGUUGAUUCAGAUUUUGGUUCAGAUCUUAUUUCUAUUCCGGGGAAAGCUGUGUAUCCCACAAGUCAACAGCACCCACCGCCCCAGCAUCAGCCACAACCCAAAAAAUUGAAGCCAUCAUCAUAUUCUGGUAUGGCAAAUUCUACUACCGUUUCUUGGGGUUCGCCUAGUGAGUCAAUUUCUGCACAUCCCAUUGAGUCUGCCCGUCCCAUGCUCCUGGUUGACUCACAAGAAAAUGGUAUUAGGCUAGUCCACACCUUGAUGGCUUGUGCAGAGGCUGUGCAACAAGAGAACUUGAAAUUGGCUGAGGCUUUGGUCAAACAAAUUGGGUUCCUUGCAGUAUCACAAGCAGGGGCUAUGCGAAAAGUAGCUACAUAUUUUGCUGAAGCAUUAGCCAGGAGAAUUUACAAAUUAUAUCCCACAAAUCCACAAGAUACAGCCUUCACUGACCUCCUUCAAAUGCACUUCUACGAGACCUGCCCGUAUCUGAAAUUCGCCCAUUUUACCGCUAAUCAAGCCAUUCUCGAAGCGUUUGAAGGUAAAAGUCACGUCCAUAUAAUUGAUUUCAGUAUGAAACAGGGGAUGCAAUGGCCUGCUCUUUUACAGGCCUUGGCCUUGAGGCCCGGCGGCCCGCCCAGCUUCCGAUUGACAGGAAUUGGGCCGCCUUCACACGAUAACAUCGAUCAUUUACAAGAAGUGGGGUGUAAAUUGGCUCAAUUGGCUGAGACAAUUCACGUUGAGUUUGAUUACAGAGGAUUUGUGGCUAAUUCAUUAGCUGAUCUCAACGCAUCGAUGUUUGAUGUAAGGGAAGGUGAAACUGUGGCUGUGAAUUCCAUUUUCGAGCUUCAUCAGUUGCUGGCCCGACCCGGCGCCAUUGAAAAGGUGCUGCAAGUCGUGAGCGAGAUGAAUCCUGAAAUCUUGACUGUGGUUGAGCAGGAGGCUAAUCACAAUGGAAUGGUUUUCUUGGACCGGUUCACGGAGUCUUUGCACUAUUAUUCAACCUUUUUCGAUUCGUUGGAGAGCAGCGGCGGCGGCGGCGAUGUUGGUGGCGUGGCUGUGAGUGUUCAGAACAAGGUUAUGAGUGAAGUUUACCUGGGGCGGCAGAUCUGUAAUGUGGUGGCGUGUGAGGGACCGGACCGGGUGGAGAGGCAUGAGACCUUGGUCCAGUGGAGAACCCGGUUCGAGUCUGCCGGGUUUGAGCCGGUUCAUUUGGGUUCAAAUGCUUAUAAGCAGGCUAGUAUGUUACUGGCCUUAUUUGCAGGUGGAGAUGGGUAUAGAGUUGAGGAAAAAGAUGGGUGUUUGACAUUAGGAUGGCAUACAAGGCCGUUGAUUGCUACCUCGGCAUGGAAACUCAGCUAA